GACGUGAAGCCCGCGUUCGGUACGAGCAGUGAGGCUAUCGAGCGCUACUACUCGACGGGGAUCAUCACAUGGGGUCAGCCCGUGCAGGACCUCAUCGACGACGGCCAGCUGUUCAUACAGCAGUCUAAAGCGGUGGACGUUCAGCGCGGUUUGGUUAGCAUUCUGCUGGAGGGCUCGGCCAACGCGGGUAAGACGGCGUUGGCCGCGAAACUGGCGCUCGAAUCGGACUUUCCGUUCGUCAAACUCUGUUCGCCGGAGGAUAUGGUGGGCUUCACGGAGACCGCAAAGUGUAUGCAAAUUCGCAAAGUCUUCGACGACGCCUACAAAUCCACGCAAAGUUGUAUUCUCAUCGACGACAUCGAGGGGCUGUUAGACUACGGAGAUAUAGGCGCCCGCUAUUCAAAUCUGGUACUUCAGGCGCUGCGCGUACUGCUGAAGAAGGAGCCGCCGCCCGGCAAGAAACUGCUGAUUCUGUGCACAACGAGCCGUAAGGACGUGUUGGACCAGAUGAAGCUGCUGUCGUCGUUCACGGCUGUACUCCAUGUGCCGAAUCUGACGAAACCCGAGCACCUGAUCACUGUUCUGCUGAGUUUGGCCGAGAAUAACGAGAACUCGUGUUUCACUCGCGACGAGAUCUCGAGAAUAUCCAAAAAGAUUUCCUCCAAUCGUCUCUCAGUGGGCAUCAAGAAGGUGUUGGGAUUCAUCGACUGGGCCCGUCAGAUGGAACCAUCGCAUCGCAGCUCGAAGUUCCUGAUGAAGUUGGAGGAGGAGAUGGCCAUCAUCUGAACGGCUGUGCUCUAGAAGUUUGGUCUUAAGUAUUAAACAAUAUAUCAAUAAAUAUAUAUUUAUUAUUGUUAACCAAUAUAUCUAUUAAUUUGAUUGGCAAGCAAUUAGAAAAGUGUUAAAAUUUUAUUUAUUUAUUGAGUAGUUUUUUGAAUGAAUAAUUCAGUCAUUUGUCGAAACAAUCAGUGGUUGAGAAACACGAUAAUAUUUAAAAGUUAUAUAAAGUUAUGAACUAUAGUUACUAUCAAUACAUAGACACAACUAUAAUAUACAAUAUAUUAAUCAUCACAUCAAUAACUCAAAUUACUAAAUGUUUAGUGGAUUUUUAGAAAUAUUCUCCCGCAAAGUGUAGUUCCCAU